AUGACGACACCCGAAGAACAAACAAACACUUCCACAACUGUGUUUGAUCUCGAGAAGCUUGGAAAAGAGCGUCCGCAGACCUUCUCAGGGACAUGGCCUGAGCUUGCCUUUUGUUUCUCAAUUUUCAUGUCCCAAAUACUAGCAGAAUUCUAUAUCACAGGAUCCAAUCUCCUUCUUCCAACCCUCGUAAAAGAAAUCGGUAUCCCCGCCGCCUCAACAAUAUGGCCCACCACUGCCCUUUCUCUAGCCGUCACCUCAACGCUCCUCAUCUUCGGUCGCUUGACUGACAUGUACGGUGGCUAUGCCAUCUACAACGGCGGUGCCAUUUGGCUGACUAUCUCCUCAAUCCUCUGUGGUGUCUCUCAGACAUGGUUGAUGUUGAUCGUUUGUCGGGCCCUGCAAGGCCUAGCUUUAGGAGCUCUACUUCCAUCCGGAAUGAUGAUUUUGGGAAGUACAUACCGCCCAGGUCCGCGCAAGAACCAAGUCUUCAGCAUUUACGGGGCCUGUGCUGCGUUGGGCUUUUUUGCUGGAUUUUUUGUCUCUGGAAUCUGUGGCCAGUAUCUGAGUUGGAGAUGGUACUUCUUCAUCGGCGCUAUUCUGUCGGCGAUCAUGGCCGUGUCCUCGAUUUUUUACGUGCCGCGUGACUACGCAGAGAAGCAGAAGCUUGGUAUAAAUAUGGAUUGGGUCGGAUUUGGCCUAUCUAUCUCGGGAGCAACGCUGUUUGUUUUCGCUAUUGCGGAUAGCUCAUACGCCCCGCAGGGCUGGAGAACACCGUAUAUCCCGGUACUCUUUACUAUUGGUGCCAUCUUGCUUGGAGUCAUGGUUUAUCUCGAAGGGUGGGUUAUCAAAAAUCCGUUGCUUCCCGGGGACAUAUUUCGAGUCAAAUUCAUGACCCCCUUGGUGCUGGCAUUGCUAUGUCUAUACGGAAGCCUAGGGAUAUUCCUCCUCUACGGAGUUUUAUACAUGUCAAGUUUUAUGGGUGCCACUCCGCUUCAAAUCGUUGCCUGGACGGUGCCAAUGGCAGUUGGUGGUCUCAUUCUGUCUGUGACGGGAGGCCUUAUCCUCCAUAGAGUAUCCGGAACAAUUCUCAUGAUUAUUUCAUGCCUCGGAUACGUCGGGUCGGGCCUAUUGUUUGCCGUCAUACCCCUUGGCGGAAAUUAUUGGGCUUACGUCUUCCCGGCAAUGCUUUGCGGCACUAUCGCUAUCGAUAUCAGCUUUAAUCUUGCAAAUAUCUUUAUAACGACUAGCAUGCCAAAAGCUAAGCAGGGCCUGGCUGGUGCUCUGAUCUACUGUACCAUGCAUAUGGGCAUUGCUGUCAUGCUUGGAUUUGCAGAUAUUGUUGAAACCCAAAUGAAGCAUCUUGGCGAGCGAAAUAGUUACAAGGCGGUGUUCUGGUUCCAGACUGGACUGUGUAUCCUUGGGCUUCUGAUUGUGUUGGGGUUUGUGCGGAUUCGCCAUGCUAAAAGCGAGUUGACGGCGGAUGAAAAAGAGACCAUGGAGACGGAGAAUGCCGCUACAAAGCAUGCUGAAGAAGUUUAG